AUGUUCAAGAAUAUAUUCCGUACAACUGCCUCAUUAGCCACUAGAUCUGUCGUCAUUACAACUAGACCAACAUAUGUUGCUCCAAGUUUUAUUCGUCUAUAUUCUGCAAGCGCUUUAAAUAAAGAAGAUGUAACAAAGAGAGUUGUUGAUGUUAUUAGAAAAUUUGAUAAGUCUCUAGCUAAUUCACAAAUUGAGCCUAAAAGUUUAUUCCAUAAGGAUUUAGGUCUGGAUUCUUUGGAUACCGUGGAGCUACUGGUCGCUAUCGAGGAAGAAUUUGAUCUGCAACUACCAGAUAAAGUUGCCGAUGAGCUAAAGAGUGUCGGCGAGACAGUGGACUACAUUAUCUCUAACCCAGAAGCUAAUUAA